AUGGCCAUUCGGGACAUUGUCGUCAACCCGUCCCUGCUGCCGGUGCUCAAUUUGAGCGCCGAAACCCGCGACCAAUGCAUGCAAUUGCUCGCCGUGCUCGACCCGUCGGCUGACUCCUACUCUGACUCCGAAGAACGCGCCCUGGCUGCGUCCAAGGAACAGAAGCAGCUGUUCGCUCUUCUGGCUCGCCUUCGUGGGCUCAACCGCGAUGCUAUUCUACGCGUCCGAGAGACGAAGCAGGCGACCGCAGAGGCCCGCCAGGAAAUCGACCGUUUACACCUGCAACUUCAGAAUCUCUACUACGAACAACGGCACCUGACGGGGGAAAUCGCUGCGUGCGAGUCUUAUGAUCACAAAUACCUUGCCCUUCCAUUGAUCCCGCUCGAAGAAUUCCUAGCGUUGCACCCCGAGCAUCGUGAAUCGGACGAACACGAUCUCAUGAUCGCUCGCAUCAACCACGAACAUGCCGAACGGGAGAAGCUGGAGCAGGCGCGACAAGAGCUUCUGAAGCGGAAACAGGCCUUGAUUGCGGAAAACAACAAACGCAAGGAGGAUCUGGCCAGUCUGGACCAGGAUUUGGAGCGCUUUAUCGACGUAAGUCUCUGUCCUAGUGAGUUUCGGACGAUGUUGCUAACCCCUGGCAGGCCGCCAAGCCCAUUCAGAAGAUCUUCGAAAAGGAGUAUUAGCGGUGGGCUUGCAAUCAACUCCAACAACUCCAACUCCCCUCCCACUCUCUCCCAUCUGGUCCUGUACCAGGCUACGUCGCCCUCGUCAAAGCAUGUCCUGGUCAUGAUCGCCAAGAAUGAAGACCUGUCGUCAUCACAGACCGAUCCCCACCCCGAUUAUACCAUGACCGUCAGCACCCCCUCGCCGCGUCCGCCGCCCCCGGAGAAGCCAGAGGCUAUCCGGACGCGAUUCAAGGUCAUUGCAGCCUUCUGGGCGGUGAUUAUUUUUCUGGGAUUCCCGAUCUGGUGGAAGACCACAUCGAUCUAUCGAGCUUCCUUGCCUAUCCCGGAAAUGAUUGAUUGGGCCGAUGGAAAGACAUGUCGUCCUGUUUUCCCGCUUGAAAUCCGAGUCGAGACGCCUCACCUACCUGACGCAGAGGCCCAGCACUUGCUCCGGACGACACAACAUACCCUCGAUGACUUAAAUGAAUUCUCCGCACAUCAUCUGCGGCUGAAGCUAUCGAACGAUAAUGUUGACGAGCCACUGAAUGAACCGGCAGACACGGCCUUGACAGUGCGCCUCUUACCACAAGACGACCUAAUCAACCCCAAGUCCGAACUCCAGCACGACACCACCCAGCUCGACGUCUUUUACUCACCAAACCAAAUACCGCCCCUUUCAUCAUCCAACCCACCGUUGUCCGCUUACAUUGCGGGUGAACUUCAGCAGCUAUUCACAGAAGAGAAGGCUAUCAUUGCGCAAAUCCUGUCGAACAGCCAUGCAUCAAGUGCGGCAGCCACCAGUCAGCCGUCCUCGACUAUGCUUUCCUCGGUCUCUCCUCAGCUCGCGGACAGUAUUGCCAAGCGCCUCCGACGCUCGAUGAAAUACGCCGAUACCUAUCACCUCGCCUUUUCCUUGUUCACUCCCGGCACAGAGCCCUCCUCGUGGGACAUUCAGGCCGCUGUCCACGACUACAUAACCCCAUUGCUGCAGACCUUCUCUCCAAUCAGCAAUUUUACCGUCGACACCCAAGUUCAGCUAUACGCGACUUUCGCACCCACAGCUCCGGCACCCGAAUACGACGAAAGCCACGGAGUUUGGACCCUAAAGCCCGAAGACCUCAGCGCGUUCAUCAACGCGGCCGAAUGGCCUCUCAGCCCCAGCAUCGGCCCAGGCCCCACCAUCAAUUUUAUUCUCUAUGUGCCUGACGCAGCGCAAUCCCCCUUGGUGGUCAAGGACAGUCUGGCGACGAGCUGGGUCGUGCCUCAAUGGGGUGGUGUGGUCCUUCUCAACCCCGCGAACGGCACCCAGCUUCAGCAUUUAUCGGGCGAUGCGCUUCAGGCCCCGUUUCUGACCUUUUCCCACCAACUCCUCACUCUUCUCGGCGCCCCUUCCACCCCGGCUGCGCUGCCUUUCCGACUGCAGACACUCACCCGCAUUCGGGCCGCGAGUCUGCUCCUCUCUGCAUCCUCUACCAUGGGCUCCCUCGCCCGUCUCACCGAGUCACUUCCCUCCAUCCCCAUCCCUGCUACCGUGGCUGCCUCCGUGGCGACGACCCUCUCGCAUCUGACCUCGACCUGUGAGCAUCUCCGACGGGGACGAUUCCAGGCCGCGCUAGCGGAUGCACGAAUCGCCGAGACGGAAGCGGAGCGCAGCUUCUUCGAGAAGAGCAUGGUCGGCCAAAUGUACUUCCCGGAUGAGCACAAGGUGGCCGUGUAUCUGCCUCUAUUGGGCCCCAUUGGCGUUCCCCUCAUUGUCGGCUUGCUAAAGGAGGUCAAAAAGGCCAUAGCCCUGCGGAAGGCCAGGAAGGCUACCUGA